GCCGGUGCUCCUCCCCGCGGAGCCCGACGCCGGCCCGGCGCGGAAUUUGCCCCGCGGCCGAUGGCGGACCCUCGGCACGGCUACCCGUCCAUAGCCGACCGCCACAUCUACCCCUCCUCGGUGCCGCUGGGCCUGCACAGCACCCCGGCCCGCGUGUGCAGCGAGGGCCCGGAGCCGCUUGUCAUCACGAUCGUCGUGCCGGACGAGGCCGUGGCGGGCACCAAGCUGGUCUAUUCCGCGCCCGACGGCCAGGAGCUGAGCCUCACCGUGCCGCCCAACGUCCCGCCGGGAAGCCUGAUGACGCUCACGCAGGACCCCGCCACGCGCGUGUGGCGCUGCGUGGCGGAGGAGGCCCUGGACGGGGGCGGGCCCGUGGCCUCCGGGGCCCCGAGCGCCGCGCCGGAGCCGCGCCGGGAGGAGCAGGAGCCGCAGCCGCUCAUGUUCACGAUCCGCGUGCCCGACGGCGCCUACCCCGGCAUGAAGCUCCACCACGUGGCCCCCGACGGGCAGGACCUGCGCCUCACCGUGCCCGAGAGCGUGCCGCCGGGGAGCCAGAUGAUCCUGACGCUCGACCACGCGACGCGGAGGUGGAAGUGCAUCGCGGAGCCGUCGGACUCGGCGCCGCAGGCCUCCUACGCGCCGCACCCGCAGUUCGCCGGGCCGCCGCCGGCGCAGUUCGUCGGCCCGCAGCCGGCGGGGCAGGCGCCGACGCUGCAGACGUUCGUGAGGCAGGACGCCGCGAGGCAGAUGCCAGUGAACCUGUCCUACGUGCCGCCCGUGGCCGCCGCGGAGCCGUGGCAGCCGCCCUGCGCCCCGGCGCACGGGCACACGGCGCCCGGCUACGGCCAGCCGGCGGCGGCGGCAAGCUACGCGCCCCCGCCGAUGGUCAUUCAGCAGCACCACUCCUACACGCCGCCAGCCGCCGCGAGCUACGUUCCGCCGCCCCAGCAGGUGCCGUCCUACGUGCCGGCGAUGGCCGUGCCCGCCCAGGGCCCCUGCAUGCCGCCCGCGGUCGUGUUGUCGUACGUGCCGCCCCCGGUGCUGGCCGCGGAGCCGAGCGUGUCUUACGUCCCGCUGCCAGAGGUCUUCCCCUGCGCGCCGCCGCCCAUGCAGGUGCGCUGCGACACGCACGACACGCCCAGGUUCGCUCGCAUGGUACACCCUGUGAUGUCAGCUCCUGCCCAGUCGCAGACCCACGGGGUCUCCUGCAGGAUGCCCGACGGCUCCGCCAUGAGCCUGCCGCCCAUCGGUAUGAACCUGCCGCCGCUGUUCCGGCCGAACAUGUGCACGCUGCCGCCGCUCCGGGCGGCCUUCUCGGGAACCGGGCCCGCGGGGGACUUCGGCCUGGAAGGGCCGACCCGGGCCGGCGUGAACCCGCUGCAGCCGCCACCCAUGCCGCGGAUGCCCGGGCAGAUGGAGCUGGCCCCGCUGGAUUGGGGCCCCGCCCCCAUGCUGGCGCUGUAGCGCUGAAGCGGGCCCGCGAAUUCGGCUGGGAGUGCCAGCACCGGCAGACCUGGCAGAGCGCCCUCUCGUCUGGAGCGAGAAGGGUGAACAGCAGGUCAGGGGCAGCGCUAGGAAGGAUAGGUUCAGGAGGGGACGACGUCUCG